UUUGAUGUUUCACUUGCGUUUCUCUUCUUCCAGAGCUUCUCCUUAAAAUCCAGAGACAGCUAUGGCUGAGGAACCUGGACAGUGGACAGACAUCAAACCAGCAGAUAGCAAUGUGAAGGCAAUCUGUAAAGAGGUGCGGCCCGAUGUUGAGAAACGAGUAGGCAAAAGUUUUGAAGAAUUCAUGCCUCUGCAAUACACAAGUCAGAAGCAGAAUGGAAUCAACUACUGGAUCAAGGUUCAUGUUGGAGGUGAAGAUAGUCUGCACCUGAAAGCUCACCAGGACAUUAAAACUUUCGGUGAAGGAACCAAGAUCACCAUUGUGCGUGCGAAAAAUCUUGCCGAUGAGCUAGUGCCAAAGUAAAUUUGUCUUGCAUAUUUGAUGACAGCUGGAUUAACUGUUUGCUCCAUCUACCUUUUUUCCAUAAAGCCAUGAUGUAGAAACUGAUUCCAUUGAUUUUUUCAACUUGCUUAAUAUCUUACCUUGGGUUUAUUUUAAGUUGUGUGUUUGUUCUGUUCACGUCUGCUAUUAGUGCUACUCCCACUGAAUUAGGAUUCAGUCAUUAAGAUGUCCACUUCCGCUGA